GUAAUUCCGGAUUGAAGUCGGGUUUAUUUGGUCAAUUUACCAAGCGCUCCAGCUAUAAAGACGCCGUACACCACCCAAAACCCUCCUUCUCGAGCCUUCACUGGUCCCUCGUUUUCUUCCUCUCUCUUCCUAUCAAUCAUCCCUUUUAGAGAGAGAAAGCAAAAGGCUACUCUUCAACCAUGUUGGUUUAUCAGGAUCUCCUCACCGGUGAUGAGCUUCUCUCAGACUCAUUUCCCUACAAAGAGCUUGAGAAUGGAAUGCUUUGGGAAGUUCAAGGGAAGUGGGUUGUUCAAGGUGCCGUUGAUGUAAACAUUGGGGCAAAUCCUUCUGCUGAGGGUGGAGGUGAAGAUGAAGGUGUGGAUGACCAAGCUGUCAAGGUUGUCGAUAUUGUUGACACUUUUAGACUUCAGGAGCAACCUGCUUUCGACAAGAAACAAUUUGUUGCCUUCAUUAAGAAAUACAUCAAGAACCUGACGCCCAAGCUAGAAGGAGAAGCACAAGAUGCAUUUAAAAAGAACAUUGAAUCAGCAACUAAGUUCCUUUUGCCAAAGCUCAAGGACUUUCAAUUCUUUGUUGGUGAGAGCAUGAGUGACGACAGUGCCCUGGUGUUUGCGUUCUACAAAGAUGGUUCAGCUGAUCCUACCUUUUUGUACCUUGCACCUGGCUUGAAGGAGAUCAAGUGCUAAAUGUCUGGUGGAGUGCUACUGCUAGAAGUUUUGCAUUGGAGUUUAUGUUUCAUGUAGUUUCAAUAUCUGGUCCUAUUUGCUAAUUUGUGUCCGUUUCUUCUAAACCUUGGUACUUGUUGUAACCAGUACCUGCAGUUUUUCUUCAUUAUAAAAUCUUAUUAUGUGGGACACAGCAAAUGACCCUCUGAUUGAAUUGAAAGUGUUCUUUUCUAUUGAUUAGCAAUUUUGCCUAUUUGAUUCAA